CUCACACGCAUCCCAUCUGUUUCGCAUCACAACCUGCCUCACUGCCCUGGGCGCAGGGCAUGCAAGGAAGGUCACGCCCAACCGGCUGCUGCGUCGUUAAGGUGAAAAAAAGAACCGCCCUUUUGCCCGCGUUUGACGACUUGCCAGCCCCUCCUCCCUCCUUCUCAAGCUCCAGCGCCCCGCCAGUCCACCUCUCACUCCUUGUCCCAGCAUUGUAGCGUGUGUGAGGUGAGGGUUCCGUCCACAAGUACACUCGCAACUUGACUCCGCAGCAACACAAAUCGGACAACUCAUCAACAACGUCCGACAACGAGCGAUCCCUCGACCUUCACGCGCUACCCCUCUCCGCCAGGCGUUGCACAUCAAGCAGCCUUGGGAGCAUUUUAUAACGGACAUCAGCCAUCAUUCCGAACUUGAACAGCGCUAGCCGACCGGCUGCUUCCCUGGUGCCUUAAAGCGUCCAAGUAGCAGCAGACAUUCAUGGACGACACAAGCAUGCAGACCCCUGGUGAUGCACUGUCCUAUAUAACCCCAAUUGGUUACUCUAACUCGUCCCGCUGUGGUUAUUGUGGCCGUCAAGGCAAGAGCUUCUCCUACUAUGCUAAAGCCACAUCUCUCACACCCGAAUACUACCAGACCCUGCUGGACCACUAUUGGAGGCGCUCCGGGACGACCCUCUACCGGCCGGAUCAGCUCCAUGCGUGUUGUGUUCACUAUACCCUCAGGCUGGACUCCACCCAGUUCAAGCCCACCCGGGAUCAGCGUCAGACGAUCAACCGCUUCAACAAGUUUCUAACGGGAGAGGCUUACACGAAGGAGGCGGCCCGUCUCCACCCACUGACACGUGAGCAGGCGAGGAAGCGGGAUUCCGAAUUUGAUCUGAUCGAGAGGGUUCACGAGGCCGAGUACGACUCGCUGCACAUACCUCCCGAGCCUGCUCACGUCUUCACUGUCACACUGGAGCAUGACGACUUCACCGAUGAAAAAUAUCUGGUUUACGAAAACUAUCAGCGCGUCGUUCACAAGGAGCAGCCUGGAGAAAUUUCCCGGCGUGGCUUCCAACGUUUUCUGUGCGAGUCUCCCGUCGAGCGCAAGACAAUUACGACGGCCGAUGGCAAAGAGAAACGCCUCGGCUCCUUUCAUCAGUGCUACCGAUUAGAUGGUAAAUUGGUGGCCAUCGGCGUCUUGGAUCUGCUUCCUCACUGCGUCAGCGCCGUGUACUUCCUCUACCACGAGUCCAUUCACAAGUAUGCUCCGGGAAAGCUAGGCGCUAUUCGUGAGAUCGCCCUGGCACGCGAAGGUGGCUAUCGUUACUGGUAUCCCGGCUUCUAUAUCCACACGUGUCCCAAAAUGCGUUACAAGAUGGACUACACACCGCAGUACAUUCUGGACCCAGAGACCCUGACUUGGGACCUAGUGGACAAACGAGUCACGGACCUUCUAGACAAGAAGCAGUACCUAAGCUUGUCCAAAGAGAAGCCGGAUAGUCCUAGAAAUGAUGGCUUCAAGGAAACCGCGGAAAGGGCCAUAGGAGGCAGCCAGCUUACCGGAGAAACCCCCAUGAACGAGAGCGACGACGACGAUGUGGAUACUUUCCUCUUCAAUACAGGCAUGCCGGGUGUCAUGUCUCUGGAUGAGAUCCGUUCCUUCGAUCAGAUGGACCACCUCAAGUUGCGUAUAGACGGCUCCGGCAUGCUCUUUGAGACAGGCGAUUUGGUGGCCUGGCAGCGUCAGGAUGUUGGGGCCAGCGGGUCUUUGAAAGCCGGCAUCGCGGAGUUGGUGGCGGCUUUAGGGCCCGCUUUGGUGAAUGAUCUGGUGGUGGACUUUUGGAAUCCCCGUCUGUGAGUAGGUUCUGUGGCAUGGGUGGUGCGACUGUCUUAUCAACAACGUCUGUGUACACUACGGCUCCGCCGCACCGGUCCAAAUUUUUUACAUUCCAGUAAUAAAUCGUAUCGAUGCUUUGAAU